CAGAACGUAACGUUGCACGUCUCGAGACCGGGAACCAGGCUGUGCACGUUCACUUCAAACUGCACUCUUCAACAUUUCACAGUCCAAAAGUGUUGCUAUCAUGCCUGCCAAAAAGACAACCACCAAGAGAAAGUCUGCUGCUAUUGUGGAAGAUGAUAAAGACUCCAAAAAGGUGAAAGUUUCACACAGGAGUCAUUUCAAAGAGGCGGGGCAGGUUCUUGUUUUGGGCCAAGGUGAUGUUGGACAGUUGGGUUUAGGGGAAGAUGUCAUUGAAAGGAAGAAGCCAGCACUUCUGUCCCUGCCAGAGAAAAUUGUUCAGGUGACAGCUGGAGGCAUGCACACCGUGUGCCUCGGCGAAACUGGAAAUAUUUACACGUUUGGCUGUAAUGACGAAGGGGCUCUUGGUCGGGACACAUCAGAGGAGGGGUCUGAGAUGAUCCCGGGAAAGGUGACGCUGAAUGAGAAGGUGGUCCAGGUAUCGGCAGGGGACAGCCACACAGCCGCAGUCACAGAGGAUGGAUCGGUGUACAUCUGGGGCUCUUUCAGGGAUAAUAAUGGAGUUAUUGGUCUUCUGGAGCCGAUGAAAACGUGUGCUCUACCAGUUAAAGUCCCUUUAACAGAACGCGUUGUUAAAAUAGUUUCAGGUAAUGAUCACGUGGUAAUGGUGACGCUGGAAGGAAAUCUAUACACGUCUGGCUCAGCUGAGCAGGGGCAGCUGGGAAGAGUGCCUGAACACUUUUCAAACAGAGGAGGCAGGAAAGGCCUUAAGCGGCUGCUGGUUCCACAGAUGGUAAAAGUGAAAGGGAAAGUUCACUUCGUUGACGCCUUCUGUGGAGCGUACGUCACCUUUGCUGUGUCAAAAGAGGGCCAUGUGUAUGGAUUUGGCCUCUCAAACUAUCACCAGCUGGGCACCAAAAGCACCAAGAUGUGUUUUGUCCCUGUAAAGCUUACAUGUUUCAAGAACUCGACCACUGCCUGGGUAGACUUCUCUGGAGGACAGCAUCACACACUUUGCCUUGAUGCUGAAGGGCAGGUAUAUAGCCUGGGAAGAGCAGAGUAUGGUCGUCUUGGUCUGGGAGAAGGGGCUGAAGAGAAGAGCGAGCCCACACCUGUGAUGGGGAUAGAGCUGGCUAAAGGAGUGUCGUGCGGGGCGUCUGUCAGCUAUGCAGUUACCAGAGAAGGAUCUGUGUAUGCCUGGGGCAUGGGCACCAACCUGCAGCUUGGCACUGGAGAGGAAGAUGAUGAGUGGAGUCCUGUGAAGAUGACAGGCAAACAGCUGGAGAACCGUGAAGUACUGAUGGCCUCCAGUGGAGGGCAGCACACCGUCCUUUUGGUCAAAGACAAGCAGGAGAGCUGAUGUCCUGCACUGACAGAGAGUGAAGGGGGCGCUUCAAGGUGGGGCCAGGGUGCCUAAAUCAGGGGAAGGGUGUUGAUGAAUGUGACUUCCUAUGCUGAGCCGAGGGAGUGUGAGACGUGCGUGAUAGAGGGGAGAGGUGAGGUUUGUCCUCUUUUAUGGAAGCUCCUGUGCCCUUGGCAUUGGGGAAUGUUGUGAUGUUUUUGGUAGAUCAUGACAAAUGAAAGACUAUUUUUUUUAAAGCUAGUUUUUGACAGUCCUUUAAAGUCUUUUCAUCUGGUCAUUUGUAUGACUCUAAGAUGUUAUAUGUGAUGUUUAUGACUGUGCAUGUACAUAAAGGAAAUGGCAGUGCAGGAUGUUUAAGGACAUAAAAUAGUCUUUUUAAUGUUUUCAUUAAAGCAAUAAGUAGAUUAGACCUUUGUCAGACAGGACCUGUACGCCUGGUGAGUUUAACAUGUGCGACUACUGUUCGUUCUACCCAGUGCACACAAAUUUGUUGUAACUGUUUGGACAUUUGGUAACACAUCAUACUGUAUCCUGUAUUUUGUUGCAUUUCCUGUCUGAAAAAUAAAGCUGAUUUCUUUUUUAAGGA